UUCCUUCCUCCCAUUUACAGCAAACAGAUAAACAUCAACUCCUUAUCUUUGUUUCAUUUUGAGACAGAAAGAGAAAUUUUUUGUUAAGUUUCUCACAUUUUCUUUUCCUUUCAGUGUGUCAAUGGAAAAAGGUCAUAAUCUCUCAAACUCCCCAAGUUCUUGUGAAAAAGUCUUUAGCUGUAUCGUUUGUUGUAAGUGUCAAACAAAUAAUGAUACAGACCACAUGCCAACUCAUCAUAAUCAUGCUGGGAAUGCUAGUGAUAUGGGCCAUGAAAGCCAAAAAGCUGAAGCUGCAAAGAACAGGUCUGAGAAACCAUCAAAAACUGCUCAUUUUGCUGUGAACAGAACUGAGCCAGAUGUUAAACAUGAAGGGAAGAGAUCUUCUGGUCUGAGAAAGAAUGAUACCUUUUCGAACUAUAUUCAUCGUGCAAAGAUGAAGUUCAGAGCAGGGUCGAACCUUGGGAAUGAAAAGAAAGCCUCUGAAGCCUCCGGUGAAUAUCAUAUCCAUGGCGAUCAUGCUAAGAAAGACAACAGUGCUAAAGAUGGAUUUUCUGAGUAUAUUAAUCGUGUCAAAUUAAAGAUCAGGAAGACCACAACAAGUGUUCGAAGCAGGAAGAGUUAAACUGCCUCAAAUAUAAAAUUGCUGUGAAAAAAGUCUCUACUAUUAUGAAAGAGGUACUAUUGAGGAAUAACAAAGGUGGUGGUUCUCAUACUGGAUGCAUAAGCUAUUAACUUAUGCUAUAUAUAUAUAUAUAAAUAUACAUAGACUAUUAAAUGUUCAUUUGUGUUUUGUGUGUAUUCUAUUCUAUAUGGUAUUUUAGUAUAUGAUCUCACAUGCAAAGUAGUCAAAACAAGAGCUUAUGGAAAAACAAUUUGAUUCAA